ACCGAAAUGGCGCCGUGGUUGGAAUUACCGUAUGAAAUAACCGACGUUUCGCCGGAAGAAAAUAAACUUAUAACCAAGUGUCUUUUAGGUUACACCAAACCUUUCGUGAAAUGCGGGAAGAACGGCUACGUAAUGCCUGGAGCGUUUAAAAAGCACGCCGAGGAAAUAUACAACAUGGAAGUGAGACCGGACGAUGUGUGGGUGGUCACAUUCCCUAGAUCAGGGACCACAUGGACUCAAGAAAUGGUCUGGCUCCUUAAAAACGACCUGGACUACAAUCGGUCCAAGGAAAUUCCUCUGCAUGAGAGAUUCCCUAUGUUAGAAUUGACUUCAAAGAUACCUGAAUUGGCUUAUAACUUCAUCAAAGUAAACUUCAUGAACAUAGGAAACUUUCAAGGCUUGGAUAAAGCCGCCAAAACGCCCAGCUGGGAGCUUUUAAGGGACGCUCCAUCCCCCCGUUUCAUCAAAACACAUUUACCACUGUCUCUUCUACCUCCCAAGCUUCUAAAGACAGCCAAGGUGAUCUACGUGGCCAGAGAUCCUCGAGAUGUUGCCGUGUCAUACUAUUACUUACAUAAAUUAACGAUGAAGGGUAUGAUAAGGACAUCGUUCCAGACUUUUUGGGAGACGUAUAAAAGGGAUUUAUUGCCAUGGACACCAAUCAUAGCACACACAAAUGAAGCCUGGAUGAAAAGACAUGAACCGAAUCUCCAUUUUGUAUUUUAUGAAGAUAUGAUUAAGGAUCUGAAAAAACAAGUCCAUAGGAUAAGCAAGUUCCUGGGAACAACCCAAUACUCGGACAAGGAGCUCGAAGACCUCAGCAGUUACCUCAGCUUCGACAGCCUUAAGAAGAACAAGUCUGUCAACAACACGGUCAAUGGAAAUGGAGUACAAUUUAUACGAAAAGGGGAGGCGGGUGGCUGGAGAUCGCACUUCGACGCCAAAAUGGAAGUAGACGCAGAAGAAUUCAUGGCAUCCAGGCUACAGGGUCUAGAUCUCAAAUACCCCUCUUUUACCCCAAACAAGGAAUGUUCUUACUUAUGAACAUCCGUGUGAAUGUAGAAUAAUUUCUAUUAGGACUGUGUCUCUGCUGCCAUUGGUUGGUUGGGUGCACUCGAAAGGUCAUCCCUGAACUAUAGAAAUCAAUUCCAAGUGGCUUUCCAAUGCAUUCUACUUUAGGAUAAUUAAACACCUGAUGUGAUAUUCGUCUUAAAGAAAAAGUGAAAGAGUGCAACUGAUAUUUGCAUGUGGAUGUAUUUGAUAACCUGUCAGUCAUAUGUAAAAGGACCUUACCCCAUCUGGUGGAAACUUUAUAGUAGAACACCAAAAAAAAAAUAUUAGCAUCGAGAGCUGGCCGCGUAGCCAACAUGCCAAUCGCUGAAGCUCCGUAGCGAUCGAAACGCAACUGUCACUGUCGCACUACGGCACUAAUAUGAAAGAGUGAUAGAGAGGCACAAAGCGUUUCGUUGUCGUAGCGAUAGCGAUUGUCACCUUGGCUAGGCCGGCUGGUACUUUUCG